AGAUUUUCCCUAAAACGAGAGAUGUGCUGCAACAGCUUUUCCUUUCCGUUCCAGACCUGAAGUCAUCAGUGGGGGCAGCUCUGGCUGCGGGAGAAGCAGCAGCUGUGCCCGGAGGAGGCAUCGCAUUGCAUUGCACUGCGCAUCCUCCCUCCCCACCCCCUACUGCUGCAGGCUUCCUCCCCUCAUCCCCCCAUCCUUCCCUGCCUCCUGCCCCGCAUCCCUCCCUCCUGCAUCCCUUCCUCCUGCAUCCUUCCCUCCUGCAUCCCUCCCUCUUGCAUCCCUCCCUCUUGCAUCUCUCCCUCCUGCCUGUCUCCCUCCCUCCCUCCCUCCCUCUCUCCCUCCCUCUGCCUGCGCAGAGACACGGACAUGGCGCUCAGCAAUUUCCUCUUCGCUCAGUGCAUCUGCUACUUCUUGGCCUUCCUCUUCAGCUUCAUCGUGGUGGUACCGCUCUCCGAGAAUGGCAACGACUUCCACGGCCGGUGCCUGCUCUUCACCGAGGGCAUGUGGCUCAACGCCAACCUGACGGUGGAGAGGCAGCGCUUCACUGUGCAGGAGUGGGGGCCCGAGGCUGCCUGCCGCUUCAGCAUCUUCACCGGGCUCCUCUCCCUGCUGCUGGCCACAGUGCAGGCCUGGAGGACCCUCUUCUUCCUCUGCAAAGGGCACGAGGACUCUUUCUUUUAUGCCUUCCUGAAUCUGCUGAUCAGCGCCUUUGUGGUGUUUAUCACAUUUAUUGCUAGCACUAUAGUGAGUGUAGGAUUUAACAUGUGGUGUGAUGCAAUUACUGAAAAAGGAAGCAUGCCAAAUAGCUGUGAAGAAUUACAGGAUAUAGAUCUUGAGCUGAACUUAGAAAACUCUGCUUUCUACGACCAGUUUGCUAUUGCACAGUUUGGUCUCUGGGCUGCCUGGCUGACUUGGCUGGGAAUUACCAUUCUGGCUUUCCUGAAGGUUUAUCACAACUACAGACAGGAGGACCUGCUAGAUAGCCUGAUCCAUGAGAAGGAGCUGUUGCUAGGAAGAUCUGCUUCACGAACCUCUUUGCAAGAUGAGAAAAGUGGCAUGAUCUAAAGUGUAAGCAAAUUUCCGGGGCAGGAUCUAGGUUUUAUUAUUCAAUAGUGUGAGCUGAAGUUGAGUCAGGGUAUCGAGCGUGUGAGAUCUUUUCUUUGCUGAAAAGAGAUGUACUUGCGAAUCAUCCACCUCCUCCAUGAGAAAUUGUUGGCAGAAAUACUUACAAUUAGGAUACAGAGAAUGAACAGUCCCAUGUGCCAUUGGCACAGCAAACUUUCUGUCCUGCACAGGUGCAAUCUGUAACCCACUCUUUCUAGCAGAGCUCCUAUGUGCUAUCACUGGUUUUUGAGGCUGGGGGCAGUUUUGAGGACUGAGCUGGCACGACCAGGCUACAGAGUCCAGGCUAUUUCUUCAAAAUAUUCUGCAACAGCAGUUGUAACUGGUGCUGUGUCCAGUCCCUCUUCUCUCCCUCUCCUACCUUUCACCAGUAAAGCUGCCCUUAUUCUCACUUUAUUCUGGGUAAUUGCAGCUUUGUUGCAGCUUUGUCUCUGCUUUUACUAUGUAUGGACACAGUCAUGACAAGCUUGUUGUUCCCGCUCUGAUUUUGAGUUCAUUUAGAACAGAGACCUGUGUUCCAGAAUUGGUAUUUAAUAUUGGACAGUGUUAAUGGAUUUUAUGAAACCACUGUAUUAUUACAGUAUCUGUCAAAAACUGUGUAUCAUUUGGAAGGAUGGUGGAGAAUUUUUGUGGUUUUGUUUCUUCUUAGAUUUUGGCAUGACAAAUCUUUAUUAUGACUCCUGAAGUGUAGUGUAGCUAGCAAUUGCUGAAGCUUGCUUACUAAGAAAUUAGGCUGAAUAGAUAGUAUUAAUGCUUGUGCAUUUAUAAAUGUAACUUGGUCCCUAACAUUGUAUAUUAUUCAGUUUUGAGUAUUAGAAUUUACUUGUGAUAUUUAUUUCAUAUAGGGUAUGCAAAAUUACUGCAAACAUUUGCAUUGUAGAUACCUCCAUAUAUCUAUAAACAUAACUAAGAGGUCGAACAGCUCAGUUAUUUUAUAGGUAGUUCAGUGUUGAAUCUGUCUGUUCUCCCCACUCACAGGCCAGAAUUCCAGGGCUGAUGAAUUUUACUGUGAAAGGGAGAACUGCUAAUUACACAAAGUUCACUAGUGGCUUCAUUGUUGCUUUCGGUUUUGCUUGGCCAGUGCUUGAACAAAUAAGGUGGAUGGUUGAGAUGAGAAGUAGAUCUGUUAAUUAAGAAGAGUCACUCAGACGAGUGUGGGAUUUGCAUGGCAGAGAAGUAAAGUUAUACUACAAUUUAGUAGUUUUUCCUGGGUACACAUACACAGAAGAUCCUGAUUCCACAGAAAACUUAAGCAAGAAGUUAAGUUUAGUUUGAAGAAGGUUUUUUGGGAGUACGCUGACACUGUUUGUGGCAGCCGUGUUUGAGUCGAGACUGAAUUUACUGCAACACGAGUGCAAGCUGUGCACAACUAUAUUGCCUAGUAAAUGGGAAGGAAGGGAGGAAGAUAGCAGGCUUCUAUCCCAUCAGAACUCAAGCCUGAGGCUAGCACAAACCAGACAGAUUUACUGUUGCAUUCUGGGGGCUAUCUGAUGCUUAAAGUUAAGUACUGGCUUAAGCAUUUGGUUGAAACAGAAUUUGAAGUUGUAACAAAUCCCUGAAUUGGUAAGCAUUUUAGGGCAGAAAGUCUAACAUUAUGUUUAAUGUCCAAAUUGUUCUCACAGGUUUAGGGAAAAAACCCUCCGUGGACUGUAAGCAGUGAGCAGCCCUUUGAACAUCGCCUAUAGCCCCAGCUGUAUGUAGAGAGAUCUUGUUUUUUAGCAUGAUUUCUGCACACAAGGGAAUGCAAUUCCUUUGAAAGUUCUGCAGUGGUGGGUUUUUUGCAGCUGUGAAUUGACAUCAGAGAAGAAGCUCUUGAACAGGGAACCAGAGAUGAAGUUAGUUAAUAUCAAUUGACUAUUCAGAGAUCAAGACUUUUGAAGUGCCUUUUUUUAUUCAGUUGAUCUAAUAAGAGAGACACACUUGCAGGUACCUAAGCCCUUUGCCAGGGCAUGACAUUCCCCUUCAUACCCUGAAGAAGAGCUUGGGUCCUGAAAGUUAGCCUGUUUCCUAUGUUCCCCAGUUGCUUCAACUGUAAAAGACACUACUUUUCCUUCUAAUCUCACUUUGAAUUUAAGAUUAAAGAGUGAUGUCUCUUCCCACAAAUUACUUCAGUGUAUGUCUUACUCUUCAUUUGGAACCAUGAUACUGCUUUGUAUAUUUUCUGUAUGUGCCAAAUCAGGAUUAGGCUGAAGUAACUUUUGGGUUGGGACCACUGUUGCCGGGUUUGUCUGGGGGUUUGAAGAACCAGGAGGCAGAAGACAGCAAGUGUCUCCAUCCUCAUUCAUUCAGUGCCUAUGAAUGCAAACAUCUUGGCUGUUGGGGUUGGCAUGUAAACCAACCGGUCUCUUUCCACCAGCUCCCCUCACUUGGCCAGGUGGGGUGGGGCUGGCCCCCAGACUGCAAGCAUCAGUGUUGCUUAAAGGCAAAGCUAGUUUUGAAGGAAGCCCCUGGGCAGCUGAGAAGGCAGAUCAUGUAGUGAGAAGCUCUCUGGAUGACUUGAGGGGAGGAACGGUAUUGUGCAAUGCCCAGCAAUAUUGGACCUGCUUGAGAUGUUAUGUUUGCAUUUAGCUUUGAGCACCAUCUUCUCCUAAAGCUUGGACACUUAGGCCAACUUGGUGAUGCCAGGUUGAAAAUGUGUUAGAACAGCAGUAUUAUUUAUAUGCACAUACCUACCUACCUAUGCUCUCUUUCACACACCUGUUUCUUUUGUACAUUUUUGACCUCUGCUUUUAGUCAUCCAUUGCCAACCAGCGCAGAGCAUGGCUGCAGGAGGCAUUUCUCUGACUCUAAUGUUGUGUUUCUGUGAUAUUUCAAUGCCUUCUUUAAUUUUCCAUCUCCAAAAGCAGGCCUCUGAGAACACUCUAGCAAGAGGUGUAUUCAAAGAACUAGAACCCUCUGUGGUAUUUAUACUUGUAUUCAUUUACUGUCACAUGGUAGAAGGGGAAAAAGCUUUGUGGCCUUUGCCCAUGCAGCCCCUCCUGCUGCUGGCCAUUGCAAAGCUGUGAGCCAUUCUGGUGGAGAAUGUGGGAUGUGGUUUAGUCACUAUGUUUCCUGCGAUGCUAUAACCACAGUCAAAAGGUCUUUGUUUUGGCCUGUGAAAAUUGCUAAUAAUGGAAAGGAGAGCCUUACUUGGUCAAAUGCAAGUGGAUGCUACUUUCUGAGGCACCAAGGUGUUGCCACACAAUUAUUCUUUUAUACCAAAUAUAUUCCUGAUGUCCAGGUUACCAGGUUAAAUUCCCUAUCAGUUUCCUGCCAGCAGUCCAUAUUGGGUUAGAAAAAUCUGAGCUAAGAAGUGUCACAUGAGCUUUUUGGAUCAAUGUUGUUUAUUAUUAUUUUUAAAAUGGAGGAACAAUUGGGGAAUAGAGUUUCCUCAUGAGGGCGCAAACGCUCCUAAGUUUUUAUCCUACUAAUACAUGAGGCACCUUUCAGGUGUGAAUUCAAUAGGAAUUGCAAAACUAAGAGCAUGAUGAUUUACUUUAAAAACUGAAGGACACUUGAAUGCUACGGCAAUGUUUCUAUGGUUCCUUAGCAAACUGGUUGUUAUAAUAACCAGUGAUGGACACUUGAGUAUACAGACUUUGUCAUGAAAGUAUUCCAUGUCAGGGGGGUGGUAUAUGUGUGUAUGUACAAUGUACACAGAUAUGUGCCAGAAAUAAUUCUGCUGCUCUUCUGUAAUAUGGAUAUAAGCUCUUCUCUAACAGGCAGCUUAGAUCAGAGUAGUUGUUAGGUUGCCUUAUCUUUAUAUGUUGCCUUUUUCUUACUCAGUACUAGGAUCUGUGCAAUGAUACAUAGUCUGUAAUACCCAGAGGUGGAUGUGGAUGUGAUGUGAGUGGAGUAGGAAAGCACUGGCCAGUGCACAACCUCCCAAGGACUGAGAUGGGUUUCUAAUGUAGGUUUGCAGAUGUUUUAACUCCUACCCUAUCUCUGGGUAAUGUCCUGAUGUUAUCCUGUAGUAGUCCUGUUAGGGAUAGAGUCACAUUUUCCUUCAAGGGCUUCCCUCACCAACAUGAAACACUGUCAAUUUAACCUCUGUAUUAUCCAGGAUGGAAGCAGAGCUGCAAGGAACAAGAGCACACACUUUACAGUUAUGUUGCAUAAGCGAGGGGUACUUUUCCCCCAAUUCAGGAAUUCUGCACCAUGGACUCCUAAAUGGCCAAGGACACUGUCAUGAACAUGGUCCUGUUAUUAAUUAAUUUUAAAUACAGACCAACAGCUGACAAACAGAACAUAUUUUGAUUUGGUUGUCAAACCAUACUCUUCUGAAACACAGUACAAUAUUCCGGCUCAAAACAGCCAGCAUGUCUAUUUGUAAACAGUCAUUUAAUUGCUUUUAGAAAAAAUAAGGUGACAAAGGGGAAAAAAGAUGAAUUUAUAACAGAGUUAUAUAGUAGUGGGAGGAUGUAGAUGGGAGAUGGGAGUAGAUGGGAGAAUUCAUCUGAAAAUUUAUUUAUUGUCUUAACAGAUGACAAAACUCAGGCAGAUCUUUGGCGUAGCAAGUUUUUGUAGUUCCUGAGGGACAGAAAAGCUAAGCUGAUUCAUGUCUGAGAAUCUAACCAAUCUAAACCACUGUAUUUCAAGUAACCUGAAAACUCACCUUAAGAAAACAAGUGUACUUGCUCUAUUUAGUCUAAAUCGCCAAUGUAAACAGGGGGUUAGAGAAUGCCCUAGUUUGUGUUAUUCUCUGAAAUGGAAGGCUAGACUGGAUAAACUGAUUUGUGGUUUGAGGGUUUGGGGUUUCUUGGUGCAAUGACUGUUGCAUGUGAAGUGCAUGACUGGUUGGGAGAGGACACUCAGGAUUCUCCUGGACACCUGAAGGCUCUCAUCAGUGAGAUAUGAAGCCAUGCUUCACCUUCAUUUGUCCUCCAGAAUCUUUCAGUCUUUGUUGCAUAUUGGUCCAAUCUCAAUUGUUAGCACUUCAUGCAGCUUAGCCUUAGGUUGAUGGUUGGAAACCAUCACCUGAGAAAUGGGGGAGGUGCAUAGGAGUCUCUUCAGGCUGAUCUGGGUGCAGGGCGUGGGGUCCCCUUCCUAGCGAAGGGUGAGCUACAGGCCAUUGUACAGGCUUUAAGUGGGAAACAGGGUUUCUGCACAACCUCAGAUCACACAUUGAUCUACGUGGUAGGUCUUAGAAAAUGCAAUAUCAAAUGUACAAAUUCAGAAUGGAUCCCAGCUGCAAUAUACUCUGCAAGAAAGUACAUAGAAACUUGGUGCUUGGGUGAAUGUGGCUUUUAUAAUCUCCCUUCUCCAAAGCCCCCACCUCAAACAUACUGCAUGAAAAUUAUCUUUUGCUAAUUAAAUGAUAAAUUUAUCAAAAAUCCAGACAGUUAUUUAUACUGGCAAGACUUACACUAUAUUGUGAGAAACCAAUCUGGAUUUUGACAAAACUUUUGUCCAUUCUUCUAAAUCAAAUGGCCUGGGUGUGAACAUCCUUCAACUAAUGGGUAUCCUGUCUGUAUCCAGGUCCUAAAUUUGUGCCUCAGAGCGUUUCCUUUGCUGAUGGAAAGAGCCCAUUUUUAUCUCAUUGGAAAGUUUGCUUUGGAGAUCACAAAUGUCCUUUCCUUAUGCUUAGGCAAUCUGGGAAGAGAGGCAGGUUUUGCCUGUCAUGUUUCCACACCUGCAUGCAGUCAGAAAAUGCUCAUAUAACUUCAUGAGCACUGAAAUUGUUUUAGAAUUAUUUCUGUCCAUGGUCCGAAUGCCUUGAAGUGCAUGUUUCUAUUUUUGUCCUCCAUAAGAAAGAGGAAAACUAAUCUGAGCUGUGUCUUUCCAUUUGGUUGUUGAGAAGAGUAUUUACAUAGCAGUGCUUUCUCUUUAGUUUCUUUUGUCCAUGCCAAAGAGUGUAACUAAACUGCUAUUGCAAACAUAGAUUAACGUGAAUGUAUUCACCUGAGUGCUUAAACUUUUCUACCUCUCAUAGCUACUAUAACUGCUUGAACUGUUAUUGCACACAGUAGUCAAAAGUGAAUCCAUGUGAGUCUAAAUCCUAUUUUCAUAGAUAGCUAAAGGAUUUAGGAUUUAAUGCUUAUUAGCUUCCUGUCAGAUCCUCAUUCCUAAAAAGUGGUCAUAGGCACCCAAGGGCUGCGUGAA